UUUGUAUACAGAGAUUUAAUUCUCUGUUAAAUCCUAUAGGAUGAACAGAGAAUUAUAGCCCUGCUUUAGAAAUCUGAAAAUUUACCUCAUAUCAUCGGUCUUUUCCACAAUGGGCAGCUGCAGCUGAGGGGUGGAAUUUAGGUCCACUGACAUCAAAGGGAGGUGCACAGGUAUGAGUGAGGACAAAGUCUGACCCAAAGUUUUGUAAAGUAUAACUGGAAGCAAGAGAGUGAAUGAGAGUGCGAGCACAUGACUGAAAUAGAACAAGCUCACUUUCUGAAACUUGUGUGGAGACAUUGUGAGGAAAACAAACAGCUUCUCUUGCAGUUUGGUGUGCACCAUUCCUCUCAUCAGAUCAGGAAAAGACAGCUAUGGAGGGAACGAGCAUUACAAUAACCUGCUCCUACGACAGAAGGACGAACAUGUUUAACAGAAAGUACUGGUGUCGUGGAGGAUCUAGGUCAUCUUGUGAUGUUUUAGGCGACACAGAGAAUUUUGUUAAGAGUGAAUAUAAAGAAAGAUUGUCGCUCUUGGAUAACAGAAGAGGAUACUUUUUGGUAACGAUGCACCAGCUGGUAGAAGAAGAUUCAGGCAUGUAUUGGUGUGGAAUACAAAGGCCAUAUGCAGAUAUAAUGACUGCAGUGAAACUCACUGUAACUGAAGAGCCUCUCUCCACACCCCUUAUUACUCUCACCAACCAUCCCAGUGAAUCCUGCCUAGGGAGAUCAGUGACUGUCCGAUGUCAUUCAGCCACUGGCUCUAAUGUUUACUACACAUGGUACAGAAAGAGCUUUCCGACCAAUAUCGUACUAGUGCACAGCAGCGACCUGGUGCUUCGCUGUGGAGACCUCCUGGAGAGUCAGAGCUAUUUCUGCCAAGCUGCAACUCGCAGAGCAAACAAAUCCACCCAGGUGUUGAGAGCAGAGGUGCUGACCCCAGCAAAAGAGAACUGCACAUACCAGUUACAAUUAACAGAUGGUGAAUCAUACAACUGUGUAAGAACCACCCCAGUGUUUACAGUUGAGAUGCCUUCAACACCCUUCACAGGCUAUUCAACACCUUGCCCCAACUCCUCUAGCCACCCUGGCAUAGAAGAUAGUUGGAUCCCAGUUCCAUGGGCUAUUCUGCGCUGGCUGUUCCUGCUUAUUCUAGUAGCAACUUUAAUUAUCAUUCAGAGCAACAGGACAUGGAAAAGUGACUUCAUUUCCAGAAUCUUUGAAGUGCCCCCCUCCAUCAUCCCACCAAGAGAAGGUCAGAGAGACUCGCAUGGUCUUUGGUAAAAUCUAAUUUCCAGGCCAUCACC